AUGGCCCCUGCAGCGACCGUAUCGGCACCGGCUGCGGCCACCCCGGUCGCGGCCAAGAGCUCCUCUCGCAUCCAGCCCGACCCGGAGGCCGUCAAGUACCCCAACUUCGAGGCGGACCCGGUGACGCCGGACGAGUUUUUCCAGCGCGCCGAGCAGGUUUCGGAGCUGCUGCACCAGGACGAGGCGAUCCGCGACCGCGGCAACGUCGUCCCCUACCGCCAGGUCCAGCUGCUCAAGGACUCUGGCCUCGUCACCCUCCUCGGUCCCAAGUCGGCGGGCGGCGCCGGCCUCGGCUGGAAGGAGGCCUACCGCGUCAUCCGCAUCAUUGCACGCGGCGACGGCAGCCUGGGACAGCUGCUGGGCUACCACUACCUCUGGUUCUGGGCCGCGGCCCUCGUGGGCACCGACGAGCAGCGCAAGCGCAUCGACGAGUGGAUCACGCGCGAGAGGUUCUUCAUCGGCGGCGCCGUCAACCCGCGCGACUCGGACCUCAGCGUGGCCCAGCACCCCGACGACGAGACCAAGCUCGUCUUUAACGGCAAAAAGACGUUCAGCACCGGCAGCAAGGUGAGCGACAUCACCAUCCUCGAGGGCACGCUGGCCGACGGCAACCACGUCUUUGCCGCCGUGCCGAGCAAGCAGGAGGGCAUCGUCUACGGCGACGAGUGGGUCGACACGCUCGGCAUGCGCGGCACCCAGAGCGGCGGCAUCUCGAUCAACAACGUCGUUGUGCCCUGGGCCGAUGCGCUCGGAUACGUCGACAAGAAGUUUGUGCCGCUCGGCGCGUACAACACCCUUAACCUGCCUCAGAUCCAGCUGGUCUUUACCUCGUUCUAUCUCGGCAUCGCCGAGGGCGCCCUGGCGCGCGGGCUGGCCUAUACCAAGGCCAACACUCGAGGCUGGCCCUACACACCCUCUCCGGCCUCGCGCGGGACCGACGAGGCCUACAUCCAGAUCGGCUACGGCGAUCUGCAGGCGCGGCUGUGGGCAUCGCAGGCCCAGAUCGAGCAGGUCGUCGACCAGGCCGCCUCGAUCCUGCACACGGAGCCGCGCACCGCCGUCACGGCCGAGCAGCGCGCCCACUUUGCGGUGCGCGUCGCCGCCGCCAAGGUCAACAUUGUCGACUUUGGCCUCCAGAUCACGAGCCAGAUCUACGAGCUUUCGGGCGCCCGCGCCGUCAGUGCCAAGUACGGCUUCGACGUGGCCUGGCGCGACCUGCGCACCCACUCGCUCCACGACCCCAUCGCGCACAAGCGGGCAGAGGUGGGCAGGUAUGCCCUCCACGGCCCGGGAGAGGAUGGCUGGCCUGCCCCGACGUGGUACACCUGA